AUGUCGCUGGCGUUCUCUCAAGCUGCCGUUGCACCGGUGGUCGUUGCGAAAGCGUUUUAUCGUACCGAGCGGUCACCGUGGUCGGCCAUGGCCUGGGCGCGAUUUCGAGCGGUCAUCGGCGGCCGUCGAUGGAAACGGUGCUCUAUUGUAACGACGCUAAGCAUUGUUUUGCGACCGACACGUCGGCGGCGUCCGUUUCGGGAAACCGAGCGGAGAUUUCUGACGUCAGAGACUUACAUCCGGGAAGCGAUAGCUAUUUCGAACCGCGAGACCGAACGGCGCGAUCCCCUCACGCGAAGAGGCUGCACGGACAAAUCGUGCCGCGCCGCUGGCGGGGAGCGUGUCAAAGAUGGCGUCGGAAAAGCGCGGGCACUUUCCCCGCGCGGGAAACGAAAGAAAGUCGACGCGCCGCCGCGAAAUGGAAACCGUUGCGAUUACGUUGAUAACGAGUUUAUCUCCCGUACUUUAAUAACCGAGUGCACGCUGCGAAUACUUCAC